AUGCUCAAUUAUUCACAAGCUUAUUUCCGCAGACUACAAGCACAACCUAACGUCAAAAUUCCUGCUCUGGAGACACAAUACGCAUGUCCGAUUCCCGAAGGGUGGACAAAAUAUGUGCAUCCAGAUGGUUGCCCUUACUGGUAUGAUACAAAAAAGAAAAUCCUGACCGACGUCAAUCUUUUGGACGAAGAAAUCUUUCUUCAGACACGUCGCUUCGUUGACAUUAUCUUCGACUACAUUCGGGCGGAGAACCUACAGCUUGAACCAGACGUCGAGCUUGUGGUCGAGACGGUGAAGUACGAUUGGGACAAAGAUUAUCGUUGCGGAUAUUAUUUCGUCCAUCAUAAAUCACGCAGUCUGUUCUGGCUUCAAGAAUUUGACGUUAGCUAUGCUUUAUGGGAUGCGCAGGCCAACACGUCGCUCUCGCACGUCAAACUUGAAAUCGAAGUCUCUUACUGGCAACAUUGGGAAUUUUUCUGCAACAUACAGGUAGUCACGGAAGACCUUCUGAACGAGCUAACAAAUAUUCUGAUCACCGAUCUUGUUGACCUACAAACUAGCGAUACAUCGAAUGCCCUCUUCUCCGCCGACGAACUUCAGAGCUACCUUGGAGCAAUAAAAAUAUCGCGGCGGCUCAUCGACGCACCCUGCAAAGGAUCCCCUUUCAUCAUUGGACGCCUGAUGUCGUUGUACAUGCGCCAACGGUUUGCCAACUUUUGGGGAGAAUAUGGCGCUCGUCUGCAUCGCGAGCAAUCAGUACAUCACCCAGAGGGGCGCCCACGCACCUGGCUUAUUACCCUGCUAUCGCCCAUUUUGUUUAACGCCCCAGACAUCCACCUUCGAGGCCUGCAUCUCAUAUUCAUCGACGAGGUCGCGGCCGCCCAGCCUUGGCGUGCCUUCAUCAAGAAAUUGGGCGAUGAGUGGCAAGAUUUCAUCAUCAAUUCGGCCGUGUUACUCGCAGCAAACGUCGCUUUCCUCGCCAUCCAAAGUGUAGAUAACGAUAAAGAUGAUCCCCGUCGAUCCCCAUCUCAAAUUGCUAGCUAUCUAUCGACUCUAACCAGUGUGUCAAGUAUGAUUGUUGGUCUCUUGCUUGUUCGCCAAACUCGAACCAAAGGUCGUGAUACUGCGAAGGCUGCGGCUGACUACCUUCGCGCCCGCCAAUAUCGAGUCGUUGGUCAUGAACCCCUGGCGAUCAUGUACAGCCUCCCCUACGCAUUUCUCAUGUGGGCCAUGGUCCUUUUCAUGAUCGCGUUCCUACUGGCCUGCCUUCUGGACACGACACUGAUUACUCGUCUCCUUGCGGGUAUCACUGGCUUGAUUUGUUUGACGCUGAUUUUCUGGUGCAUCUGGAUGAACUGGGACCGUGGUGUCGAUGUCCACCAAUCUCAGUGGAAUACCUCCAUCGAUACCUUGAGUCAGUGGAGGGUCCGCUUGCACGAAGCACUACGGUCGCUGCCGUUCAAGCUCAGGAAACAAGCGCAAUCCCAGGAUCCUGAAGACAUUCCAAUGCCUAACACUUCUGCUUAA